GGUCGUCCCCGUGGCCAGCCGGUUAUGGCCCAGAUAGCAUCUAUGUCGAUGUGCUCCAGCGGCCGUGCGUCGCUCACGGAAGCAUCGGCGUGCGAGGACCGGGCGCCCGGGCACCGGGGCCCGUCUCGGCGGUCGAGCGUCCGUCCGAGCGGCCGGCCCGCUCCCCUCGCGGACCCGAGAUGGCCCGAAGUCUGCCGGCCCGGAAAAGUAGGUUAGUGUGCUGCACGCAGCGCGGCGGAGGCGGGCCGCACAAAGGGAACCCCGCCGAGGAAAGACGCCUGGUCACGUGCCGCCUCCUCGGCCGUCGUAUAAAGCGGCGCGGAGCGUGCCCGCGCGGACUGUGGCGACACGCCGGCGCCCGGAUCGCUUGCGCGGCACACGCUGCCCCAGAGACAUGUCCUGCCACAGAGUUUGCUUCUUAGCGCUGGCGUUGGUCCUGGCCACGUCUUCCUCCUAUGCCGCGUCGCUGGACCGGAGCGACAACAGCACCGGCGCAGCCCUCGAACCGGCCGCCGUGGUGAACGCCACGGCGUCGGACACCGUCAGCGACUCCGGCGGCUUCUCGUGCGAGGGCCGCAUCUUCGGCUACUACGGCGACCCGGCCAACUGCUCGCUGUUCCACUACUGCGAGCCGUUCGCCGACCCGGAGAACAACCAGUUCGUGCUGCACGCCGCUUACCUGUGCCCCAACGACACGGUGUUCAACCAGCUGAGCCUGACGUGCGCCUACGCCCACGAGGCAUUGCCCUGCCGGAGGGCCCCGGAGUACUACUACAUCAACUCGCACGUGGUGCCGGCCGACACUGCCGAGGCCUCGCAGGGCACCACGGAGGCGAGCUCGGGAAGCACGUCUACAGCGGCGCCGACCACGACCGAGGCUCCCUCCGCCGGCGAGAGCAGCACGGCGCCGCCGGCCUAGCGGCGGCCCGACCCGGGGCCCGUCCCGGGACCCGACUCCACUCAGCACUGUACAUACCGCAAUUGCCCGCCUACAUCGCUGUUCGCCGCCCAAUCUCCGGAUCGCUUCGGGGCUCCACUCCUCUUUAGUUAUGUGAUAGAA